CAGGUUGAGUCGGAGUCCUCCCUGACGUAAACAAACUCGGGGUAGCUGGCGGGCUUGGGCGUCCCUCAUCACUCCUCGUCCUCGGCCUCACGCUCCUCUCGCCGCCCCGCCCCCCUCCUCCUGCACCAUGGACGAGGAGGUCUCGCUCGUCCUCACCGUGUAUGAAGGACGUGGGCUAACCUCACAGAAAGGAUGGAAUGUGCAGGUGGUUUCCAGAUUAGAGGAGGUGGAAUUGUCCACCAGUCCUGUACCACUCACCACACAGCCCAAGUUUGAGGAAGAGAUAUCUUGGAAUAUCAGCUUGGGUAUACUUUCAAGGUUGAGGAAGUUAGGUGUCUCAUUGGUGGUGGACUGCAUAGCACAGCAGCAGGAGAGUGGUGAACAGUGUUCUCUUGGCCAUGCAGUCCUGUCGCUGACUUCACUGGACCCAGGAAUCAAGUCAGAGCCCAUGUGGCACAGUCUUGUGGACGGGCCCCACAACAGACUCCGAUCCCAUCCAAGCCUUCUGCUGAAUCUAAAUCUCCAUGAUGAAGGUGCUGAGGUGGUGGAUGAUUUUGCAGUAGUGAAGCCCAAGCAGAAGAUUGUGAUGGAAAGAGAUGGCAGUGUUGCCUCAUCAUCUAAAGAAUCAGACUACUUGAAUGCUGCACAGGAAACUGAUAUUUUUACAACAUUCAGAAGAGCUGGGGAUGGAAGUGGUCGUGCUGCAACUCCUUGGAGUUUGAGAUCCGCUGAAGAAAAAGAUGAAAUACAAUAUAUGGAAGAAUCAAAAAUAAAUACAAAUGAUAUAGUAACACUUGAUGAAAGUCAAGGAAGCAGUGAGUGGAAAUUUAACAGGAACAACUUAGAGAGCAGGAGUGGCCAGUUCAGUGUAAAGUCUUAUGAUAUAUCUAAUGUACAAGAACAUGGCAAUUCUCUUCAUGGACACUCAGUUCCUUCUUCUCACCUUAAGAGUAAAUCAUUCCCCAGUCAGAACCAUUUUGAUAAGAGAAGUCUUCAACAGUCUACUUCAAAAAACUCAUCUGUGAAGGAGAAUGGCCAUAGGGUAGAUCUACAACUCUCCUCCAGCAAGAGUAAUGACUUAGUGGCCCUUCCCAGUACCUCUAAGGGAGCACCACAUGCACCCGAGAAGCUCCUUGCUGUCCCCCUUCUCAACGCACAAGGCUCAUACUUCCAGAUUGGUACAGCUGGUCUACCAGAUGAACAGAUGUUUGAAUACUCAGUCACAAUUGUUUUUGCAAAGUACCUUGACCAGCUGGUGCCCCCAAACAUGGAGAUUCGUGAUACCGAUAAUAUUGUGUUCUGCUACUCAUUACUGACCCACUUUGUGUGUGGAGAACCCAUUCAAGACUUGGCAAACCCAGAUUUUCAAGCGGAGAAUGCAAUGGGUCGGAUAUGUUCCACUGUUCAUAACCUAAGUGAGUACUUUAUGCAACACCUAGACCUCCCCAUCAACCUCACUGUGGGAGAUGUUUGUCUGGCAUCUGCUAAUGUCAGACUCUCACAAUUUGCUGGCAGCAUACUAACUGGGGGCUUGCCUGUGAAGGUUGAGGGUAGUUAUCCUUUGGUACCUAAUUUGUUUAGUCCAUUGGGAUGGAAACCAAGAGGAGAGCCUGUUGUUGGUAUUAUUGUCAACUUGGCCUCAGUUGAAGAAGAGCUCUCUGUACUGCCCUUCCCUUCUAUGGUAAGGGACAUUUUGAGCAGUGACAGAGGCUUCCACCCUAUGCUGGAUGUCCCCUCAGCAUCAUCGUCUGACUCUCAAGAGGAUUCUGAGAUUGAAUGGGUUGAUCAGAAGGAUGGCCUGAGUUCCAGAAACAACAGGACUGUAGCCAGACUUGGGCACACAGGGAGACACAAAAAAAGGCAUAAAACAUGGGCCCAGAAAGGAAGGCAACUACACAUGGCAGCACUGGAGGUGGAGAAAUGGAAAGAAAAUGAGCAGGAGUCCUUUUGGAAACAGUGGAGUGCAAGGGAGGCUGAGCUACAGCAGCACCUGGCACAAGAAUGGGAGUCCCACAUGAACUCCAUGGAGACUCAACUGCAGCAACGGCUAGAGCAGUGCCACACUUUACACCAACGCCUCACAGAAGGUCUUCGUGCCCUGGAGACUCAGGAAAGGAGUGUCAGUCUUAAGGAGGAAUCGAUAAAAACACAAAAAGAAGACUUGAAGUUGAGAAAGUCUGAACUGAAGCGUCUUAUGAAAGAAGUUGGUAAAAUUUCUAACAAGGAGAGGGAACGGGUAGAAAAAGGAGAGGCUGUGAAUCUCCAGCAGCAGCUGUUUCAUGAGAAGCAGCAACGAAGGCUGCUCCAGAGGGAGGUGAGGGAUCUUGAGGCAGCCAAGAGGACGGCCGAUAGCACAGUAGAUGCACUCAGACUUGGGAGUCAAAUAAAGGAUGAAGAUAUUAAUGUUCUUAAGAGAGAUAAGGAGCGGUUACAGGAGGAGCUUUCAGCCUGUCGCCAGAGGAAAGAGUAUUACAAGAUGCAGUGGGUCAAGGCUGUGGGUCAGCUACAUCAAACCAGGGCUGAUGUGAACAACUACAGAGUGGACAUCGAGAAGCUAUCCCCUAAGCAACACCGUAUGCAGCCUCAGGCCAAGAACUCCAUCCAGUACAAAGAUGAAAGGCAGAGUGACCGAAGACAGCUGAGAAGCCUUCCUCAGCGUGCUGUUACUGACGAGCCAGGGAAGAAGGGCAGUAUUAUGACACCAUUCACAGAUUCCAAGAAGUUUGUUAAGGACCUAAUCAAGGAGAGAAAAGGACUUAAAGACAUGGUGGCUAAGAGAAGACGGGUGGAAGAGGGGGAUGAAUCGAAAAAUGAGGUUAAGGUGCUAUCCUCUACUAAUGAUGUAAGAAAGAUGAUGCAUUCCUUGGUAGACAGGUAAUUCAGCAGUAGAUAAUACAAACUAUAGUAAUGUGUAUCUUGGAUGUUUAUAUUUGGUUUAGGCAAUGUGAUCUCUUUUGUUUAAAAUUCCACAUGAAUCAUUAUUUAUGGUUUUUGAAACAAAAUUUUCAUUGAGGAAAGUGACCACAUUAUCUGGCAAUCUCCAACCAUGACAUAACAUUUACCAGUACCUAAUUGAAAUCCAUACCAUUUUUGGGCUGCUCCUGUCAGGACAACAAGGGUUGUGUCAAAUACUUACCAAGAGCAGAGUCAUUCUACUUCAUAAAUUUUACGUUUUAAUUGACCAUGACUGAAAUUGGAUUGCAGCAUAGCAAAAUUAAAUUUUUACCAAAUUGGAAGGAUGAUAGCCAUUUCAUUCCAUGAAAUUGAGUGGUAUGUCUAAUCAGCAAUAUUUCUAAUAGCACAAAAGCAAUGCAGGCCUUAUCAAUAUAUUUUGUCACACACACACACACACACACACACAGAUACAAGGACAGUAGAGUAUUAACCAUUUCAGUGCACAUUUAUGAAUUUAUUUAUUUAAAUCUUGAUUUUUCACUGAAAAACUUUUUGAUGUAUUUGAUGUACUGACAUGUGCAAUAUCCAAAUAUUGAACUAUCAAUUCCAAGGUGAGGGUUGUCUUCAGUUUCCCAUAUCCAUUCCAGCUUUUCUUUGUACUUCCCCAAGGCCAGGGGAUCCUCAUUCUUUAUAUCUUUUUCUGUUUGCUGAUAUUUGUUAAGGAAUUAUAAAUGUGAAGCUAAUUUGCCUAAUGGAGACUGCUGAAAACUUUGUCAGGAAAGUAAGAAGAACAAAGCAGGAGCUCAAUGUGUAAGUAGAUUCAAGUGUGGCGUAUUGAUGCUGUUUUUGAAAAAAACAAAAAAGUUGAGUGGAGGGACAAAUUAUUAGUUUGAUGGUACACCCUUCACCUCACAGGCUACUUGGCUGAAGGUGGUAUCACUGAUACUGAACUAACUGAGCAUCUACCUGUGCAAAUAAAUAAUUACAGUUGGUUCUUAAAUUUUUUUCUUUAUCUUGAAUUUUUAGUUCCUUGUCUAUGCAUGGUCAGUUUUUGAUCAGCCUUCUCUGCUCUGUCCUGUUCCUCAUUUCUUGUUGGUUAUUGAUGGAACUGACCAUUUUGAAUUUGGACUUCUUUGGGGUCCAAGAAAAUAAUAUAGAAAAUAUAUUGCAGUCAUGUAUUGGCAUUUUAGGACAUAAGGUUUCAAGAUGUUUCCCUUGACUAAAUGACAUGGAACUCCUGGGCCCUGUCAACUCUCAGUGGCACCCUUGAGGUAAAAUUACAUCCAAGCCUGAUGAACAGGUCUUAUCCAGAAACAUGGAAACUUUUGUCCAAUCAGCCACUGAAUUGGAGUUGUUUUGCUGGCUGGAUUAAUGAGCAUAUCACAAAGUCUGUGCUUGAUGCAGACAUAGUCUCUAAGAACUUCUAGGACCAGCCAUCUGUUCCUUGUGGUCACUUUGCUCAUUUUUGGAAUCAAGUUUAGGAUGAUGACUGAAGGAGGACUUUAUUUAUACAGUCUAAAGUAUGCAGGUUGUGUACGGUGAACUUAGGAGAGCUCUGUCCCUAGCAUCCAGGUCUUGUUCUGAGCUAGUUCAGUACUCUAGGAUGUAGUAGCUUGCUGUGUUAUCAUUUUCCAUCUUGUAAACAUCUGGCAAACUAUUUUUUGUUACAUGCAAAAAAUGAACCAGUCAUAACAAAAUAUGAGGGUAAAUUUAUAAAUGUGCAUUUUUUCUUUGUCUGUCUUUGUAGAUUUAUUUUGGAUAAAGUAAUAUGAUAACCUACAUAGAUGAGGUGGUUCCAAUCAGCCAUGUCGAGGACCCACACCACUGUCAAGAAGAUUGGCCUGUAGAAUAUCUUUGGUGUGGUACUCAUUUAUGAAGCUGAGAGAACCUUUUUCCAGUCAUUUUUGUUGUUCAUGAAGGAAGAAAAUGAAAACUUACAAUAUC